UAUUGUGAUAACAAUUUCUUUAAUUGUGUACUCGACAAUUUUUUGCGUUUAAAUUAAAUAACAACAAACAUCGUACCUAGACAUAAGUAUAUGAAAUUAUGUCUUAUCUACUCGCUGGUAAUGUGGUACGUGUUUUUGAAGUGAACACAUUUUCAUAUUUUGUGUGUCGCUAACUUUAAAAAGAAGACGACAGGUUAUCAAAGAGAGUCAGUAAUGAAUUGACUUUUUCCACAAACAGGUGUUUGUUGCUUUGUUUUAUUAAAUUUAAUUAAAAAUUGUAUGCAAUACCGGUAAAAAGAUUCAGAACUGAAGAGAAAUAAUUACUAAGCCAAGUGAUGGAUCAUGAUCAUGACCAUAAUCAUGGGCCAGAUGAUGCCGCAUCUUGUCCAAUGAUUAUGACGUUCCAUGGCGGUCACUGCGAACGUAUUCUUUGGAAUGGCUGGGUUGCGAGCACUGUGGCUGAAUUUGUUUUCUCUGCUUUAGCCAUAUUCUUAAUGGCGUUUUGCUACGAAACUUUAAAAUACCUCAGAGAAUACAUUUUGCGUCAAACGGUGCGCAAGGAAGCAGAACGGGUUGCCCUGGAAAUGCAAGCUAAAACAACCAAUCCGCCCGCUCAUACCAGUGGUGGUGGUUGCCCGAGAUCGACAAUGGCCGAAAUACAGGAGAAAAGUUACGCUCAGCGUGUUUUUUCAACCCCGCAUCUAAUACAAACGAUUCUAAACGCUAUACAAAUAUUCAUUUCUUACCUAUUAAUGUUAAUCUUUAUGACAUUCAAUUAUUGGUUGUGCCUAGCUGUGGUCUUGGGCUUAGGCGUUGGUUACUUCUUCUUCGGAUGGAUUAAGCAGGAAGUUUACGAGUCUGAGUGUUGUCAAUGAUAACUUAAUUAGGUUAUGCAUGAUUUUGUAAAUAAUAAGAAAUUGGUUUCAUUUAAGUAUUAUUUUAAUCAAUUUUCUU